UGACUUCAGAAGGUCUACGCGAGACUACAGUACACGUAACAUGACUCUUGUAUUUUGAAGCCUAGUCACACUCUGCUCCCAGUUUAUUAAUAUCUGUUUAUUUUUAACUGAUGGGGAGAGAUGGAUAUACAGUUUAGUUACCUAAACUCGACUAUGCUGAAGAGCACUGUAUAGCUCUCUGUGAACACACAAUGGGCAAGCAAAGAGCCCAAGCAUCUAAGCUUCAUCAGCACUGUGAAAAUUGCCACAGCCGACGUUGCAAGACCCCGGUGGAGAUUUCAGUGUCAUGUGUGAUCAUCAGCUGCCGACAGCUCUGCGGUGCCGUGUUUCACCUGUGCAAAGAAGAAGAACACAUGCUACUGUGCCCUAAUGAAAGAGUCCCUUGCUUCAACGUUGAAUAUGGCUGCCCGUUCACCAUGUCACGCUCAAAACUAGCUAAGCACCUGGAGACAUGUCCUGCCAGCGUUGUCACAUGCUCCAUGGAGUGGAACCGAUGGCCCAUUGAAGAAACGGAGACGCCCGAUUUCUAUCAGAACAUUUUAAAGGAGAACCACACUCAGGAACCUCUCGAUCUUUCGAUGGCUCUGAGGGACCAGCGACAUCUGUUUCAAUCUCUCAAAAUGAAAACACUUUUUCCUGAACUUAUUGAAAAGGUGCCUGAAAAAGUGCCUUCUGUUACCGUGCUGGAGGGGGCUGUGGGAGGAGAAGCGCUCUCGAAUGGAGUAGAGGAAUCAUUCACGCAUGCUGACAGUCCUUCAAACACAGAGUGUCAAGAAGAAGGUCUGACUCAAGAAGAAAGAGAAGCUAUAGCGAGGAAUUCUGAGGUGGAAAACAUUGAGAGUUAUAACAUUUGGGAGAGAAUGUUCAGUAUGGAAUUGAGUGGAUGCAAACAUACUAUAAAAGCUUUAGGGCAGACUCCUACAUCCACAGGUGCUAAAGGAGUAAGGCCACGAGCCAACCCAAGCGGGUUAGAAAUCUUAAAGGAAGAAAACCAGAGCUACAGUAUUGAAGUGCCACAAUACAACGCAUCUGAAAUGGAUGAAGACAAAUUCCUUAUCGCCACAUCCCUUUUCGCGUGCGACACGAGACCCGAGAAGAAAUUUGUGUAUGAACGCUUGGAACCAAUGAAAAUUAAAGUCGUCCCUAAUUUCAAAGUUCCAAUCAGCUUCAAAGCCAAACAAAGCCGCAUCCGAAACCCCUCACAUCACAAGAAGGUCACUGUAAGCGUGGACACAUCUGACUUGGACGUUGAAAUCGCUGAUGUCCCGAAAUGGGAUGAGAUUCAAGCAACUUUGCUGUGCUCUCUGGAGAAGGAAUUACGUGGACACCUCAUAGCUGAAAACAACUCCACAGACCCCCUUUUUUUGGACGUUGGAACACAGACAUAUGAUUUUUUCACCGCCCCUUUCAAACCAGAGACCUCACUGGCGGAUAUCAUUGCUGACCGGCCUUUGAAACUUCACGUCCACAUUCAGACCGAAAGCGUCACAAGAAGACACAACAAAACCAGCUCUGCGUUUACAUACCUGUGCAAUCACAUAUUCAGACGAGAUGAGUUCCCAUCACACUAUAAAAACGUUCACUCUGACAUCCAGAGUUGCAUCAGCGGCUGGUUUGAACAAAGGUGUCCUCUCGCUUACCUAGGCUGCACUUUUAUUCAAAGAAGGUUUCAGCCCAGCUCUCACAGAGCAGCUGUCUACUAUGAUAAAGACCUGAGCACCUUCUGCAUGAAACCUGAGGUGUCAGCCAGCUUAUAUGAAGGUGUGAAGACAGUGAGCUUGGAAAGAAAGCGUUCAAGGAAUGCAGAUGCUCUGAGCAGGUUACCUUUUGAGGUUCUGGUCCACAUUGCUGGAUUUCUUGACAGCUUCACCCUGUCCCAACUCGCUCUGGUCUCCAGACUGAUGAGGGAGGUGUGUAGUACCUUGCUUCAUGAAAGAGGCAUGGUCACACUGAAGUGGGAGAAGAAGGUCUACUCUCAUGGUGGUUGGUGCUGGAGGUCCAGAAAGAAGGUUUGGCAGUUUAGCAACCUCUUCUCCACCGUGAAUGGGUGGUGCUUUGAUCAACUGCAUUCAAUCUCAGAACAUCUGAAGGUUUGUCCAUACUAUCAGAAGGAGAAUAAAACAGAACCUGUUCUUUUAACUGGUGUUCAUGAGUAUCAAGAGGAGAAACAGACUUUGAUCUCCAUGUUCACCUAAAGCAAGUAGCACAGACUGUAUAUAUGUUGUAUAUAUGGUUUCAUCGGAUGCAUGCGUGUUGCCCCUGUUACCCACCUGGCCCAAAGUUAACUUCUGGAACAAAUAUCUUGUGGAAAAUAAAAUUUGGUUUCCAAAAAAUGAGGGCAGACAGUGAGCAUGAAUCCUGUGUGGAUUUAUGCAUCUUUAGCUAACAUUGUAUACAUUCAUUUUACAUAGUAAUAUUAGCUCAUUGUUAUAGUUAAUAUGCUUUAGCUAUGAUUUAAACUAGGGUAAUUUACUGGUUAUUUAUUUUGCUUGUUAUCAGAAAUAAUCUACUCUAGAUGGACUUUGUUGUUAUUGUUAUUUUUACCCAGAAGUCUGCUAGAAGUUAUGUUUAUAGUUGGAGUGAUUGGAGUGUAAACUGAAGCUCAGAUUGAAAGAAUUUUAGGAGGCAAUAAAUACAUAAAUGUGACACUUUCACAAAACUUACAGUCAAUGCUCAGGAGAAUGAUUAUAAUCAAUAAACAAAGGACCAAUUAAAUAUUCAUAAGUGACUGCACUGUAUUUCAUGCAUAUUCAAAUAAAAAAUCCAUAUUU